UUCGUGCUUUACCCCGGUGUGGACACAAGUGCGUCGGCGGCGGCGUCUGGGCAUCUUCAGAAGAAUUGAUAGCAGAGCAUCGAGGAAACGGGGGACACUACUGCUGUAUCAUGUCUGAUUGGAUCUCAAUUUCAAAGAUUCGGUUGCAGAAUAUACCGGUGCCAGUGGAGGGACGCCCAGAUUUCUUCAGGGUAGUGUUCUUCGAUGGAACAAUGGAGGUCAGGACGAAAUCAAAACGAGCGAACCUUGACGGUUUGGUCCAGUGGACAGAGCGGCUAGAGGUUCUGGCGGAUGACACCGCCAUCAAGCUGGUGGCCACUGUCCAGCAGCGUAGUUUCCUCGGGGAUUGGGUCGCAGGGCCCGACUUUCAUUUCAGUGGCUCUUCGCUGCCCAGCAAAUGGCGUCAUACGUCCGAGCUCCCCUCCGCCCACAAGUUCUACGCCGAGCUGAGCGUCGAUUGUCAAGAAUACCUACCACCGUCCACAAGCUCGGACAAGUCCGAGGCCCAUUUUCGUGGGCCCUCCAAGCUUCCCAGUCCUAGCGCUUUUAGUUUUUCAGGGCUUGGUAGUGUUCGCAAGGGGAGCGACAGCUCCUCCCCUUCCUCGGUGGCCGCAACGUCGAAGACCUUGUUGUCAUCUGCGGUUGGGGGCGGCUUCUUCGGUGAUGGCACGAGACGAGGGGCCUCUUUGGAGGGUUUCUCGGCAUCCUCCGCUGUGUCGGCGUCAUGGCCGUCACGUGCGACCCACGAGACCAGGCCGCGGUACAGCUACCCGCUACGACAGGAGGGAGGGCUGUGGGGGGUGGUAGGCUCAACAGGGAUGGUGCUUCGUUCCCGUCCUUUGUUGGCGAUGUCGCAGUCGUUUUCUUGGUCACCACCAGCUUCUCCGAUCGCACGGCCAAAAGAUGCUUCCGCUUUUCAGCAGCGGGUGGGCGCAAGCGAGGCUGCGGGAGAAUCGUCCCCGCCAUCGUCAAGCUGCUUCUCUUGGUCGCCCCUCGUCUCUCCGUUGGCAUUGCCAGACGAAGCUCCUGAGAGAAAAUGGGUAACGGCCGGUGCUGCGGCAACGGGGAGUGGCGCAACUUUAGCACCGAUUCUGCCGGGACCGGCGAGGUCGGGGUCCUCCUCUCGGCGGCGUGUAGAGCCUCCCGUAGCUUUGGCAGAUAAUCUCACCGCAGUCCAGCAGUUCCGCGAGGCCGAUGGGAUUUCCCCAGGGAACAAGUUCGCGACUACGCUGGAUAUUGUGGAUGGGCAACGCAAGUUGGCGGGUCUUCAAUCCGAAAUGACGAUGUUUCCGGAACCAAGUAUCGACGCGAUGCAGCACCACAGGAAGGAAGAGUUUCUCACGCAAAACCUCCAUGACGUAGUGGCGGAGCUAGGGGCGGACCACGUCCAGGCUGCCGUGGCUCUAGACCAGCUGGCUCUGUGUGCUCGAGGGUUCGGACGGCUGGGGGAGGCCGAAAGCUUCUUCAGGCAAGCUCUCCGCAUCAAGGAACAAAAGCUGUCGCACGGUGACCUCGAAGUCGUCUGGACAUUAGAGGGGUUAGGCCGGUGCCUGCGAGAGCAAGGGCGAGCAAGAGAGGCGGAGCUUUGUCUAAGCCGGGUGGUCCAGGUCAAGCAGGCCAAGUUAGGGCCCCACGAUAAGAGUGUCGCUGUCACCUUGCACGAGCUGGCCCGAUGUGUGCGACAGACGGGGAGGGUGGAAGAGGCGGAGGGGCUUCUGAGGCAAGCCCUCUCGAUCAAGGAAGCUCUGGCGCCCUAUGAUAUGAGCGUCGCCGUGACGUUACACGAGUUAGGUCGCUGUACGCGAGCAGCAGGGCGACCGGAGGAGGCUCGAAAACUACUCGAGCGAGCGCUCCAGACGAAGAAAGCGAACGUGGGAGUCCACAAUCUUGAGGUUGCCUGCACACUGCACGAGCUGGGCUUGUGUAUGUUGCAGACGCGGCAGAUCAACGACGCCGCCUUCUUGUUCGAACAGGCGCUCCAGAUCAAGGAAGACAAGCUGGGGGAUUGCCACCCACAGGUUGCCGUCACGCUUCAUGAGCUGGGUAGAUGUUGGCGGGUAGCGGGUCGAUUGCCCGAGGCCCAAACGCUUCUCGAGCGAGCGCUUCAGAUCAAGGAAGCUAGGCUGCCUCCACACCACCUGGAAAUUUCCUGGACGCUGAUUGAGUUGGGACGGUUUUUUCGAGAGGCGGGGCGAUCAAGAGAGGCGGAAACACUCCUUCGGCGCGCGUUGCAGAUCCAGGAGACGAACCUCGGGCACGAGCACAUGAGCGUCAACUGGACGCUGCACGACCUAAGCUUAUGCGCGAAAAAUGCCGGGUCGUCCAGAAAUAUGGCUAGAAGAUUGCGAUAAGCAGGCCGACGAAUCCCCUCGCACAGUCGAAGAGAAACACCUGUGGAUCGACCAAUCAGGCCCCGUCCCCGAGUAGGUCGGCGAGCUCGUCGUUCAAGAGCCUGGGGGUUGUUUUAUGAUUAGGUUUGAUACUCCUCCAGCUUAUAUAGGAAGAGGAAGGACCCUUUUGUAUGGUGUCUCUCGUGUAAAUGGUAUGAAUUUUCUCACAGUAAGCUGAAAGAAUUCUUCACACGAGGGCGUGGAUCUCUCGUAAGCUAAGUUGGGCGGUUUUCGAGUGCAAAAGAAGCGUCGUUCCUGUUUUACCCCCCCAGGUCAACCCUUGGGUUGUGGGGUUGUGGCUUAUCGAAUGCAAUACAUGUGAGCACCCAAUCUCUUGUCCUUCGAAUGCACGACCAACCAUAGUAUUUCUGCUUACUUUUUGAAAACCUUCCGAACUAAUCGCUGGUGGCUACGGGAUGAUCAUGCC